CUCCUUGCGUUUUGACGGUCGCCCUCGCACGUCGGCGCGGACAGCUCCGCCCCCCAUCAUGGCUGCGGCUCCUGUGUAGAGCGGAGCCGGGACAGGAGGGACCGCUCAGCUCGAGCUGCGGCCAAAGGACCUCUGCUCUCCCACAUACCUCUCUCUCCACGCCCAUGGCGUCAGCAUCCUCAGUGCCUGUUGGGUUCUAUUAUGAAACAAAGUAUGUUGUGCUCAGCUACCUGGGGUUCUCCUCACAGGGGGGUACGAGGGAAGAGCCCCCCACAACUGCAGCAGGCGUCGAGCAGCCGGCGCCCACCCUAUCCCUGCCCAGAGAUGUCCUGGACACAAUUAAGGCGGAGAUAGAGGAGGGGCUGAAAAGAUUGGAGGAGGAGAUAUCUGCAGCCUUCCCCAGCACCGGCUUUGACAUGCACACAUCGCCGGUGUUCAGUCCCGACAGCCCUGAGAGCGCCAUUGAAGACUGCCUAGCUCAGCUUGCAGAGAGGAUGUGUCUGGAGAUCCCGGGGCAACUGGACCAAGCCUACCGGAACCUCCUUAGCGGGAACCUGACAUACGACUUGUUCAAAAAGGAAGCGGAAACCGCAGCUGUGCACACAAAUGGAUGGAACAAGGUCCUGGUACCGCUGGUCCUAUUACAGCGCCUCCUGCUGGACCUCACAAGGCGUGGGAAUCAUCAGCUAGACAAUCUUGUACAUCUCGGAGUCUCAUACAUCGAGGAAGUGUAUUCUAAUUAUGUCAUCGAGCAGGGAGGAUGGGGCACAGUCUUCAGCCUGGACACUGAGGAAGACGAUGUCCCUGGGCUGAUAGUCGAGGACAGCAACGACAUCUACAUCCUUACCAGCGACAACUCUGAGCAGGUCAGCCCUCCCGAGAGCCUGGCCGUCUCCUCCUCCUGGCACACCGAGAGCCUUCCCACCUCCCUGGGGCCCGAGUCCUGGCAGCAGGUGGCUAUGGAUCCUGAGGAGCUAAAGAGCCUGGACAGCAACGGCGGGGCGGAGGAGCGCAGCGAGAACAACUCCUCAAACUCCGACAUUGUUCACGUGGAGAAGGAGGAGAUUGCGGAGGUCAUCGAGGAGGCUGCCGUGGUGGAACAGAGACUGGAGCAACAAGCGGCAAAGGAGAGGGAAAUACGUGAGGCCGCUCCACCUUUGACAUCAGCUCCCGUGGCUGCGACCUUUCCAACCGAAGAAGAGGACAUCCCUCCUCCUGUAAUGCUGCCGGGACUCCCAAAAGUGGACAUAACCAUAAAGGGAGUUUCAGAAAAGGAGCCUCCAGCUGCUCUGGAGGAAUCCAAAGAGGAGAUCCAAGUCACCCCUCCAUCGGAGGCGGAAAAAAUCGAGGCUGCCAUUUCCCCCCUUCUGCCUCCACGGAAGAUGGAAGAAGAGAAAGUUAUCCUUCCUGAGGGAAAAUCCAUCCUGCUGUAUGGGGGAGCAGCAGCUGUCGCCAUUUUGGCAGUCACCGUGUGUAUGGUAGUGGCUCUGAGAAAGAAGUAGCCCGACCAGGUUAACGGCAGUUUGCUUCUCCCUCUAAUAAAAGUCUGUGACCAGUGUCCCUUGUACGCCUAUGAUGCUCGUUACUCUGCCAGCACAAAGAUAAAGAGCAAAUCUCUUAUACAGCGCGAGGCCCCUCUGAGUAACACAAGACCUCCCUGCUAUCGGCGAUAAUCCCCCCCCCCCUUCACCACACAGGCUUGCCCAUGGCUGCGAGAAUCACUGCCAGACCUCUAUAAUAUAAUCUCAGCACUGUGGCACCCAAAAGAAAAUGGCGUCACAGUGACUCAAUGCUAAAUCGCUAGCGGCCAUCUUUAAAUACC